UCGACAAAGCGAGCCUCUCUUCGAAUGAUGCGAUAAUUAUCAUGUCUCUCGACACCUCAACCAUCUUGCACUAUUAUUUAACUGACCGGAAACGAAAGAGCACUCUACCAAAAAAAAAACCACCCCCAACCUUUGCAUGCUUAUUUGGCGCGCUACCCUGUACAAUUUUUCUUUUUUUGCUACUUCUCCUUUUCAUGCUUUCUCUUUAAUUGCCUCGGUUCUCACUUUUUUUCUAUUCCAAAUACCCUGUCUUCCCCUCGAAUACCCUUUCACAAAAAGUCCAUGUACAUACCUUAUUUUCUUCAAUCACAUCGUCCGUAGUCAACCCUUUUUUUUGUACCGCCUAAAAAUUCCCCCUCAUCCAUAUUACAAAAAAAAAAAAUUGCACAUUCAACUUGCUCUCCAGAAAUAAAAUAUCUGCGCAUAUCUGUAAAACUGAGCUUUUGCGA